AUGGUAACCGAUCAAAAUCAUUCAUCCGACGUAUCUAGCGAGCAGGAAGUUAUCAGAUAUACAGAGAAAUUAGCCCAGUCAUUAGGACUGGAUGAGCAGAAUACAAGAGCAUAUAAAGCACUCUCUGGACAGAUUUGGGCAUUAGAAAAAAGACUGGAAGAUUAUCAUAUCAAAUAUGUAAAGCUUAAAAGGAAGGUCAAUUUAUUGGAAGAUGAAUUGGAAGAUGAAUUAGAAAAUCUGGACGAAUGUGUAGAUAGGGAAACUGUGGUCGACUUAAUACAAGAAAUAGUUUCUUCGAUAAUUGAUAAAAAAGGUAAGGGUUCUUCUGAAGAAUCUGAUUCGGUUAAGACAAUUGUGAUAAAAGAAAAUGAGGCUAUCCCUCAUAAGCAAUGA